CUGGGCAAUAGGACCAAGUAAGGUGACCUCUCACAGCUGGUUGCGCCAUUUGUAAUAAUGCACGCACAGCUGAAAGCAAACCGCGCGGGCGGCGCACGCCGCGCGUUUGCGCCUGCGGGACGUCGCCUUAGCGUCAAGGUGAUGAACGCGAACGUCUUGAUUGCCAACACCAAGGGCGGGGGACACGCGUUCAUCGGACUGUAUCUUGCUAAGGAGCUGUUAAAAAAGGGCCACAAGGUCACUAUCAUGAAUGAUGGUGAUGAGAGCAAGCUGACGAAGAAGACUCCCUUCAGCAAGUACUCUGAGCUGGCUCGCGACGGUGCGACCAUCGCGUGGGGAGACCCCACCAAGCCCAGCACCUACCCACGCGGCAGCUUUGAUGUGGUGUACGACAACAACGGCAAGGAUCUGUCUAGCUGCCAGCCCAUGAUCGACCAUUUCAAGCACAAGGUGGACCACUACGUGUUCGUGUCCUCCGCGGGCGCCUACAAGGCUGACUCCAUCGAGCCCAUGCAUGUGGAGGGCGACGCGCGCAAGUCCACUGCGGGGCAUGUGGAGGUGGAGGCCUACCUGGAGAAGGCACGUGUGCCGUACACCGUAUUCCAGCCGCUGUACAUUUACGGCCCCAACACCGCUAAGGACUGCGAGCAGUGGUUCGUGGACCGCAUCAUCAGGGACCGCCCUGUCCCCAUCCCCUCCCCCGGCAUUCAGCUCACCUCCCUGACCCACGUGGAGGAUGUGGCCGCCAUGCUGGCCCUGGUGCCCGGGAACCGCGAGGCCAUUGGGCAGAUGUACAACGUGUGCUCGGACCGCUGCAUCAGCUUCGUAGGCAUCUGCAAAUCCGUGGCCAAGGCUCUGGGCAAGGAAGCCAACAUUGUGUUGUACAGUCCGGAGAAGGUCGGCACCGGCAAGAGUGGCAAGGCGGAGGGAUUCCCCUUCCGGACGGUGCACUUCUUCGCCUCCUCGGACAAAGCCAAGAGGGAGCUGGGUUGGAAGCCCAAGCACGACUUCCAGAAGGACGUGGCAGCCCUGGUGGCGGACUACAAGGCGCAGGGUCGGGAUAAGAAGGAUGUGGACUUCUCUAUCGACGACAAGAUUCUGGAGGCGCUGGGCAAGCCCUUCAAGCCCGCCGCCGUCGAUAGCAGCAGCAGCAGCAACGGCUUCACCCGUAUCAGCUCCUCUGCGUCCCCCUCCCCCUCUCCCGCGCAGCGCCGGUCGUCGUUCAGUCCUCGUCGGGAUCUGAAGAUCCAGCGCACCGUGCUGCCACCCAACUGGAGGGAGUCGUUGGAUGGGGGGGAGGCGGUGUCCGCAACCCCCUCGGCCGCUCCCCGCCCCGCCCGCAGCAGCUCCGUUCCCCGGGACUGGCGCUCCUCUCUGUGAAGGGGAGAAGCCGAGGGAGCCAGUGUGAGCUCUGUGAGCUCAAUGUCGGUGUGUGUGUAUGUGUUGAUGGUUGCACUGGAAUGUCAGCCGUGGGGCU